CUUCAGAUCCUCAACAGAACAAUCCACUCUUGACACCAUGUGCUACUACGGCAACUACUAUGGUGGCCUGGGCUAUGGCUAUGGCUGUGGCUGUGGCUAUGGUGGCCUGGGCUAUGGCUAUGGUGGCUAUAGUUACGGCUGUUGCCGCCCCCUGUGCUGUAGAAGAUACUGGUCCUAUGGCUUCUACUGAGGAAUUCUCACAGCUUCUUAGCCUAUUGGCUACCACCUUCUGUUUUCCUGGGGCUUUAUCCAAUGCUCUUCAGAUGGAACAUUUUUAAAUAGUUUCAACCUCCUCCUGCAUGCUACACUCUAUUUAACAAAACGAACUUUGCAUUCACCAGUGUCAGUUAGAUUACAUGAAAGACAGUAGAAAAGUUCCUAUGCUAUGUUUAUAGUGCUGGGUACAAUGCAAUCAAAUUUAACUGUCAAUUUUUGCCUACAGAUAUGUAUUCCUGAAUAAACUUUGUUUCAUCCUAGA